AUGGGGAGACUGCUUGUACUUGCUGUCAUGCAAGCGGUGACAGUCACUUUGGUGACUGCAGAGUGUCCGGUGGUGUGCGAGUGUCCGGCCGCGCCGCCAUCCUGCCCCCCAGGAGUCAGCUCUGUGCCAGAUGGAUGCGGCUGCUGUAAAGUGUGUGCGGCGCAGCUGAACCAGGACUGCCACGAAGGACAGCCCUGUGACCACCAUAAAGGCCUAGAGUGCAACUACGGCAAUGAUGUCGGCCGUACCCACGGCAUCUGCAGGGCAAAGGCAGAGGGCCGCUCCUGUGAAUACAACGGGCGAAUCUACCAAAACGGCGAGAAUUUUCGAGCCGGCUGCAAACACCAGUGUACCUGCAUAGACGGGGCAGUGGGUUGCGUGCCUCUUUGCCCUAGCCACGUGCCCUUGGCUUCACCUUCCUGUCCGGCUCCGCAACUGGUGAAGGUGCCAGGCCAGUGCUGCCUCAGCAUCGACUGCCACAAGGGAACGACCAUCAUGCCACCCGUGCACCAUCGACCUCAACCUCCGAGUUACCCGCCGUACCCCUUCCUUCCCUACCCCGUUUACCCUUACAUGAAGCCGUACACGAAACCUUACCAGAAGCUGUACCCCUACAAACCCAAAAAUGAGAUGGACACUCUGGGAAACGAGCUUGUGGAGGUGGGGCGCAAAUGGGACAAGCCUCGUGGCCACAAGCACCUGGCGGCGUGGAGGCAGUUGGGAGAUCAGUGCAUGGUCCAGACUACUUCUUGGUCACAAUGUUCUCGCAGCUGUGGGAUGGGCAUUUCCUCUCGCGUUACCAAUGACAACGCUCGCUGUAAACUGGUCAAGGAGACCCGACUGUGCAACAUACGGCCCUGCAGCUCUGUGUCUAUGCCAGCCAAGAAAGGAAGGAAGUGCUCCCGUACCCACAAAGCCCCCGAACCCCACCGCCUGUCCUACGCCGGCUGCAGGAGCACUCGCCUGUACAGGCCUAACUACUGUGGUGUAUGCAGAGACGGCCGCUGCUGCUCACCCCGUCGCACACGCACCGCCAGCGUCACUUUUGCCUGCCCCGACGGCGAACGCUUCACCAGAUCCGUGAUGUUCAUUCAGUCGUGCAAGUGCAGCGACGAAUGCAAUCACCUCAACGAGGCGGCCAUGCCCCCGCAGCUCUGGCUCUACGGAGACACACACAAGUUCAUUGACUAG